GUCAGAGGGGCUUGCUAUAAAAGCCAGAGCUGCCUCCCGGACUCUCUGCUCUGCUGACCUGGAGAUCCCCGCCGUCCAGCAUGAAUACCCUCCUCUUCGUGGCUCUGUCCGGAUGCUUCGCCGCCGCCUUCGCGGCCCCCACAGACAAGGUGAGAUGGUGCCUCAAGUCGGACGCCGAGCUCCGCAAGUGUUCGGACCUGUCAGCCAAAGCUCCCACGUUCGCCUGCGUGAAGAGAGACAGCACUAUCGACUGCAUCAUGGCCAUCAGGGCUGGUGAAGCAGAUGCCAUCACUUUGGAUGGAGGGGACAUCUACACUGCUGGACUGAACAACUACGACCUGCAUCCCAUUAUUGCUGAGGACUACGGUCCCUCUUCAGACACCUGUUACUACGCUGUUGCUGUGGUAAAGAAGGGCACUGGAUUUGGCAUCAGAGACCUGCAGGGGAAGAAAACCUGCCACACUGGACUCGGGAAAUCUGCAGGCUGGAACAUUCCCAUCGGGACUCUGUUGUCCAUGGAUCUGAUUAAGUGGUCAGGCAUUGAGGACAGCCCUGUGGAAGAGGCGGUGAGCAGCUACUUCGUGUCCAGCUGUGCUCCAGGGGCAGCAAAGGGCAGCAAACUGUGUGAGCUGUGCAAGGGAGACUGCUCCAGGUCCCACACGGAGCCUUACUAUGGCUACGACGGAGCCUUCCAGUGUCUGAAGGAAGAUGCUGGAGACGUGGCUUUUGUGAAGCAUCUCACUGUACCUGAGUCCGACAAGGCCAACUACGAGCUGCUGUGCAAGGAUAACACCAGGGCGCCCAUCGACAGCUAUAAAGAUUGCCACCUGGCCAGAGUACCGGCUCAUGCUGUUGUCACCCGUAAGGACCCACAGCUGGCCGAAUUAAUCUGGACAAGCCUCAAUUCAGUGCAGGGCUUUGACCUCUUCUCUUCUGAUGCCUAUCCAUCUGGCAAAAACUUGAUGUUCAAGGACUCAGCAGUGAGGCUGGUGCAGCUGCCCCCAAACACAGAUUCCUUCCUGUAUUUGGGUGCUGAGUACAUGAGCAUUGUCCGUUCCCUUAAGAGAGAACAGACCCCAGCCGCUACAUCCACUGCCAUUAGAUGGUGUGCUGUGGGCCACGCCGAGACAGCCAAGUGUGACACGUGGAGCAUCAACAGCAUGGAGGAUGGCAACACCGUCAUUGAAUGCCAGACUGCCCCCUCGGUUGACGACUGCCUGAAAAAAAUCAUGCGUGGCGAGGCUGAUGCAAUGGCAGUGGAUGGAGGACAGGUGUACACAGCUGGGAAGUGUGGUCUGGUUCCUGCUAUGGUGGAGCAGUAUGAUGAAGAGCAGUGCGGCACCACUGGAGCUGCAGCCUCCUCUUAUUAUGCUGUUGCUGUGGUGAAGAAGGGUUCAGGGGUGACCUGGGAGACUCUGAGGGGCAAGAAGUCCUGCCACACAGGCAUCGGCAGAACUGCUGGCUGGAACAUCCCCAUGGGCCACAUCCACAAACAGACUAAUGACUGUGACUUCACUAAGUUCUUCAGUGCAGGCUGCGCCCCCGGAGCAGACCCCGAAUCUCCAUUCUGUUCUCAGUGUGCCGGCAGUGGCAAAGCUGUAGGAGAUAAGUCCAAGUGCAAAGCCAGUGCUGAUGAGCAGUACUACGGCUACGCUGGAGCCUUUAGAUGUCUCGUUGAUGGUGCCGGCGAUGUUGCCUUCAUCAAACACACAAUCGUCCCAGAGAACAGUGAUGGCAAUGGUCCUGCAUGGGCUAGUGGUGUGAGUUCUGCUGACUACGAGCUGAUCUGCCCAAAGAAGGGUCCAGUGCCAGUCAGUGAUUACAUCUCUUGCCACCUGGCUGUCGUGCCCGCACAUGCUGUGGUGACUCGUCCGGAGAGACACAGUGAGGUGGUUCGCAUUCUUCAGGACCAGCAGACCAAGUUUGGUACCAGUGGCACCGAUACAUUCAGAAUGUUCCAGUCUGAGUCAGGGAAGAACCUCCUCUUCAAGGAUUCCACUAAGUGUCUCCAGGAGAUUACAGCUGGGACAUCUUAUGACCAGUUCUUGGGGACAGAUUACAUUAAUGCCAUAACUUCACUCAGAGAGUGCAGUGAAAGCACCCCAGAUCUGGAGAAAGCUUGCACUUUCCACUCCUGCCAGCAAAAAAACUAGUGGUGACCACAGACAACAUGGCGCCCCAUUUGGCCAUCAGUGAUUCGAGCACCUUACCUAAACUUCCCACACUCAACCCAAAUGUUGCCUUGUGUCUUUUCCUACUGAUCUUGCUGUAGACUUAUUUUUAGAAGUGCAACCAACAAACAUAUAUAAAUCACUACCACAAACUACAAAUCAACUAUUCUGUGACCAAUCAUGUCCUAUUGUAGCUUUUUCAUGCUGUUGAAACAAAAUGUUACAUGUGUUAUUGGAUCAAUGUUAUGUUUUGUGAACACGUGCCUGACUUUUCUCAAAUAAAGCCUUUUUAAUGCUC